GGUUGGUCUCAGGGGUGAUAAGUCAUCAAGACAGUGCUAACAGGACUCUCCAUACAGCUGGGACACCUGGGGUUGAAAAGGCAGGAACAUUGUGUCUUGCCAAAAGAAAAGGUCCUUGGCUAUGGCACGUGUGGUGAGACCCCAAAAGAACCACGUGGACCUAGAUAUAUACCAAAGCUCAUACAUGAUCGACUAUAAGCCCUUUGGGAAGCACAAAUACUCUAGAGUCACGCCACAAGAGCAGGCCAAACUUGAUGCUCAGCUCUAUAGCAAAGAGUUUUACCGGCCCAAACCCAACUCCAACCCCAAGCUGGAGGAUGGGUAUCCUGCUUUCAAAAGACCUCACAUGACUGCCUUAGACUUGGGAGUCCCUGGGUUCUUCCCACCACAGCCACAAGACCGGGUAACUGCUAAGAGGGAUGACUGCAGGUUCACCACCACCUGCCAUUACGCCUACCCAGUUUCCCUGGCGCUGUACCUGGCCCAAUACGACCCCUACUGGCUUCACCAGCGGACAGACUACCCGUGCCUCAUGGAACCAGAGCGUCAGCCUGCUCCAGAAGUGGGCAAAGGCUACCUUCUACUCCCUGGCUGUUUCUGUGUUGGUCACCAGAGAGUCAAGGUCCCCAUCUUGAAUAGGUGGGGUCCUUUGAUGCCGUUUUACCAAUAGACGUGCGAGAAUACCCGCUGUUUCAAUGUAUGAAGGAAUUCCAUGCCAAAGCUCACAGAGAAGGCACCAAAAAAUAAACCGGGAAAGAUGUUCCUUAUGCCAA